UUUUUAAUCGAUUUCGAGAACAAUCGAUAUUCGGAGCUAAUUUCAUUCGGAGCAAUCAAUUAAUAGUCCUAUUCGAAGUAUUCAUCGUCGUAGUAAAAUCCAAAUUUUUGUAACCUGGUAUUCGUAGUAAUUGUUAUCGCAGUAAAUGUAUUCGGAGGAUUUUUUUACAGUGUCGGAGUAUAUGAAUGUCGAAGCAUUAUCAGUUUGUGGCAAUCUCCGUAACCCCAAUUAAAUACUCUCAAUUUACUAUCCAUGUUUAUAAGAUCUAUGAUUCUGUGAUACAGUUAUCAUUUCAAUGAUAACACAUUAUAAAAAUUUAAUGAUAACAAUGUUAAUCAUCAACAUUCAACAACUUUUAAGUGCGAAUUAUUAUGAUUAAAUAAAAACAUUUUUGGCAAAAAUAAUUACUUAAAAAUUUUUCUACUUUUAACUUAUGAUUCAGAUAGUGUAAAGAAAUAAUCAUUAAUAUGAUACGAUGCUCAAUUUUUGGAAAAACAUCCAAUCUAAGAAGAAUUCAUCUAUUUUACCUAACAACAAUAGUAAUAUUCCACUUUGUAUUUCAGAAAAUGGGACAUUACCUUUAAAAAAUUAUGUGUUUGAGGAAUAUGAACUUUUUCCACUUGAAAAGUGUAGAUUAUCAUUAAGAUUUUCUGAAGCAUUAGAAUCGGACAAUACAUCCAUUUUGUCUUUAUUUAAGCAAUUCCUAGAUCAUAAGAAUUUAUUAUCACUUUACCAAUUAUACAUGGAGUUAUACCGUCAUUCUAAAAUAAAUGAUGAGCUUUUACAUCAAAAUACUAUAAAAAUCAUCACACACCAUCAAAUUGAUAUACCUGAUUCGAUAACAAAUAAAUUAAAUUUGAAAGGCCAAAAUUUGGAUUGUGAUGACUCCAAAAUAGUAAUAGACAAAAUUAAUGUAAUAUUAGAAGAGUAUUGGAAUAGUUUUGUUCAGACUGAUAUGUUUUGCAAGUACCAAGUAGAUAUUUUAACUAGUGGAAAAGUCACAUUGGGAGACAUUUUACUAUCAGAUGGACUUCUAUCUUAUUUUAUGGAGUUUUUAGAUGGAGAAGGGUGCAGAUCUUUAGUAGAAUUUUGGUUAGCUACUUGUAAUUUUGAGCGAUGUGUUAUCCAGUUUAAAAAUGAAUCAUUUGAUUACGAGCUAGCUCAAAAUGAUGCAAUUUAUAUUUAUGAAAAAUAUCUAUCCCUUCAGGCUACAUGUGCACUUGGAUUUUCAGAUGAAGUGAGAAUUUCUGUUGAAGAAUCUAUGUGUCCAGUAGACAUAUCUAGCCAAUCAGCUUCUAUGUUAGGUCAAUGUUUUAACUCUGCGGUUUUGAUUGUCUUAUCGUUUUUGCGCCACAAAUGCUUAAAUCCAUUCUUAUCAUCUCAACAUUACGUACGCUAUUUAUCAGAGUUGAUAAAAUCAGGCAACUUUUAUCAAUCAAGUUCGCAAGAUAAUGAUUCUUCAAGUUCGUCAAUAUCUGAAUACAGUGUUAAUUCAAAACGUUCAAUGUCUUCUUUUUUACCAUAUUCAGCUAGUACAGAUUCUUUGUGGCGUAAAAGACAACAAAGUGGACUCAGUUUUGGAAGGGUUGACCCAUAUGGCCGGUUUGAAAGGAAUAUAGAACCUGAUCCGGAUAAAAAUAAAGAAUCUGGAAUAAAAAGAAUGAUGAAAAAAUUUGUAAAUAAAGAUGGUGCUAAAAUUCAAGAAGAUAUGGCAUGGCAAAUUGCUGAAAUGAUUGUAAAGGAUGUAACAAGUAUAACUAUGGCUAAUAAUUAUGGUGAUUCUGACAUUGAAUAAAUUAUUUCAGUCAAACAAUUUUUUUUUAA